AUGAGUUAUCCGCAAGAAAGCUUCGCCGCGACUACAUUCGCACCAGGAUCUUUCUGGGCGCGUCGUCGCGAUGUGGUCCGGAUGCAAACGCUGAGACAUCAGCUUCACAUGCUGAGAAGCACAGGGCGUUACGAUGCGUUCAAACUGCAAUGGCACCCAAGCUACUCGAACCCGCCCACCGUCUGGCCGAUUCCCAAUCACCAGUUCUGGGACUCAGACGUAGCGAAGUGGAUUGAGGGCGCAUGUUACCUGCUGAUGGACCAAUUUGACGCGGAAAUUGACUCGGCUGUGAAAGAGCUGGUGCAGAUGAUUCAAUCUGCCCAGCAUCCGGACGGAUACCUGAAUAUCCACUACUCUGUCGUUGAGCCCGGGAAGCGGUUUACAAACUUGCGAGAUAUGCACGAACUGUACAAUGCAGGGCAUCUUAUUGAGGGCGCACUCGCCCACCGUCUGUACUAUAAGAACGAUGAAAUGAUGGCCCCGAUUUUGAAGUAUGUGGAUCUUCUCGCGGAGAAAUUUGGUGACCGAGACGAUCAAAUCCCCGGCUAUCCUGGCCACCCGGAGAUCGAGCUGGCGCUGCUUCGUCUGUAUAGAGUCUCGGAUGAUCCAAAACAUCUUCGAUUGGCCCGGUUCUUUAUAGAAGAGAGAGGAAACACGGCUGGAGGAAAGGACAAACGACACUACUACGACGUGGAAUCUGAAGCACGAGGCGAGAAAGAAAACGAGCUGCCCAUGUAUUACCCGGCAGUCAAAAGCUACUGGUACCAGCAAGCACAUCUACCUAUAGUCAAGCAAGAAACAAUCGAGGGACACUCGGUCCGUGCCAUGUACCUUCUUACGGCAGUGGCAGACCUAGUCCGAAUCUGCCAGCCAGAUAGCGACUUUGGAACUGCCUUCCUGCCCGCGGUGCAUCGACUCUGGUCUAACAUGAUCGAAAAGAAGUCCUAUGUGACUGGCGGGAUUGGCGCUAUGAAGCAGUGGGAAGGCUUUGGAAUCGAUUACUUUUUGCCCCAGGGCACGGACGAAGGUGGCUGUUACGCGGAGACAUGCGCCGCGAUUGGAGUCAUGAUGCUCGCUGAGCGCAUGUUGCAGUUCGAGCUCGAUAGCCACUAUGCCGACAUCAUGGAACUCUGUCUCUACAAUGCCGUCUUGACAGGCAUGAGCCUCGACGGGAAGGCGUUCACCUAUGUGAAUCAGCUGGCCUCUUCCGAUAAGGAUCUCUCGCGGCGCCAUGAAUGGUUCGAAUGCGCAUGCUGUCCGCCCAAUGUCACCCGGACGCUCGGGUACCUCGGGGGAUAUGUGUGGAACCACACGGUGACAGAGCAGAGCGCUGUGGUCAAUGUGCAUCUGUAUACUGCGGCCACUCUACGCUUUGAGGUCUCAGGGUCGAAAGUCGAAAUCGCGCAGAAGACAGACUGGCCAUGGGAUGGCGAGGUAGACUUUAGCGUCCAGGUGGAGGGACCUCCCGUAGAUCUCCAAGUGCGACUGAGGAUUCCCGGAUGGGCGGGAGAAACAUGGGAUAUCAUACCUCAACCCGAUGCGCUUGAUGUCCGACAUGGAUAUCUGCAUCUGAGCGCUGAGUGGCUGCACCAACACCCACAGUUCCGCCUGAAUUGUCCCAUGCGGCCACGAGUGGUUCAGCCACACCCACUGGCCAGGCAGCCCGUGGCAUACAUCACACGGGGCCCGAUCGUGUACUGCGUGGAGGAUGCUGAUCACCCGUGGGAGCAGCGUCAUUUCAAGAUGACGAUCUUCGAUCCUAAGGCACCCUUGCACGAAGAACCCCGGGCUCAGCCAGACCAGUACGUGGCUAUUAUUGCUGAAAACGGAGCCCAGGGCGAGCUCGACACGUCGCCCUGGAGCCGGCAGAUCGUCGCAGAACCCGGGCGCGUGUUGGGGGAGAAACGCGAUCUGUGUUUUGUGCCGUACUACUUGCGGGCAAACCGCGGAGGGAAGGGGCAGAUGAGGGUUGGGCUGCGCAUAGUAGAAUAG